AGCAGGAGAAAGUAACUGUAGAAUGAUCCAACUGUCUUACGUAAGUGUUAAGAUACUGAGAGAGGGAAUAUGAAGGGCUGAGAGCAGGAGGAACUAACUGUAGAAUGAAUAUUUUCACGCCUCAAGCGUUUGAUGGCAACCAGCUCUUGGGAAGUUGCUUGAUGUGAAAGCGAGCAUAGUGAAGGAGCCCUGCGCAUAAAUUGAAGUUUGGCAAGAAAAGGGUUUCACUCUUCCGAAGCUCAGCGGCUUCUCGAGAAGGCGAAGCUCAAAAUGGGCCCAGCUGUUGCCAUCUCAGCCUCUUCCUUCUUGGGUACAAGAAAGUGGGACCCAGCAAUUCCCACUUAUUUGGAAACCAUUGACCCGUUCACCGACGUAUGGUCUUUCCCUCCAUUCCUUCCCUCCAGAUAGAGGAGCUCGAAAGAAGCCCUGACUGGGGCGCAUGCGAGCGCGAUGGUGAGGGCGAGGGGUCCCGUGUUCCACGGAAAGGAAGCUGCCGCCGUUGUCUGGCUAUCGUCUGCGGCCCUCUUCUUCGUAAUGUUCAGAGUUGCUCUCGACAAUUCCUCCCGAUCGACCCGCGGAGGGUCUGGAAUUUCAAAUUCAAUAAAAAGGUCAGACUUGUAUGAUAAGAUGGCUAGGGAUCUGGAUGAACAUGGACCUCGUUUUCUUGAAGCUGGUGCAACUUCUCAGUCAUUAUCACUUUCAGAUAUAUUUUCGUUAAAAGAUGGGUCUGUUGUGCCCAUACUGAAGGUUGCAGAUCCACCUGUUCGUGCAAAUGUUUUGUACUUAAGUCCUGAAUAUGCAGGGCAUCUGUUGAAGGCUGUAAAGAAUAUUUUUCUACCCUACUUUGAUAAAGAAAUUUGGUUCCAGAAUACAAGCCUCUAUCACUUUAGCAUGUUUCAUGCCUCACACCAUCUUGAACCAGUCCCUGCAACUCCUAAUGAGAUUGAAGCUGAAGUGGGGGCUGUUAAAGAUGUUUCUGUUCAUCUCUGCCCAUUGAAAAUUGUCCUGGAUAGAGUGGUGUUGACCUCUACAGGUGUCAUCCUUGGCUUAUGGCAGGUAACAUCUGGUACAGACCCUGUCACAAUUCGUGGUGAAUUAAGAAAGGCUCUUCCACGAGCACCACAAAAGCAACUUUAUGACCCCAUUCUACUUCACACUUCCUUUGCGAGGCUUCUUGGUUCCCCAAAACUCUCUUCAGGGGCUAUGGGCAAGAACUCCGAUCUACUUGCAUUUUUCCAUAAUCUGGUUGGCCAAGUCAAUAAGGAACUUCAUGGAUUUGAGUUGUUUCUGAGCUCUGGUAUGUUGAAGAAUUUGAUGUUCUGGCACUUGCUCUUAAUGGAAGGAUCGAAGCUCGGAAAUUCCAUCUAGGUUGCUCUAAAGAUUGACUCUCUGGAAGAGGGAUGAUGCUGAUGUUUGGCAGUCUUUGUUCAGAUUAUUUUAUGGGCCAAAGUUACUUGAUCUUUGUAGUGUAUAAAGCAUUUGCGGGGUUUAGCUGGACAGGCUCUUUUUUCCUGGACCACAGUUCACUGCUUACGUCCUCAGUAAAUAGGCCGAUUGGCAUCUAUCCUUUGUAAGUUUACUUUGGUUAAGACACUUUGUUUUGCAAAUCUGUCAGAAAUCUUAGAAUUGAUCACUUGUUAAGUGCACGUUGGGGACAUUUUAUAUGAUAACAUUAACCUAGAAA